AUGGCAUCUACAUCAAAGGCGUUGUUGUGUGAGGCAAUUUUAGAGGAUUACUUCGGAUAUUAUAUUUGUGAAGUUGGUAAAAGCCUUCUAAAGUCAGAUCAGACCUUCAGAUCUAUUCAUAAAAAUGUCAGAACUCAAUGCAGAAGUCUCGAUGUGAGCUUGUGUUUAAUUUUCCGUAAUUAGGUUUGGUUUAUUCGUUUUAUUUAUGUUGUUUUAGGUCAAGAAAGCAUUGGUUGUUCUGGAGAAUUACGAUCUUCUCGGUUUUCGUCUAACUCCUCGAGGAAUAGUCUACAAUAUAAUUCCCGACAACGUGAUACGGUUUUGUCGUAUAUUUCGGGCCAUAAGAGCAAUUAAACAGAGAUACCUUGAUAUUGGAGAAGCAAUUGCGGAAGAGGUGUUCAGCAAAGGAAGGACGACAUUCCAGAACUGUUCCGAUUCUUUAGUUGCCCGGCUGAACUUGGAUCCUGAGAAAGUAUGUUCGCUUGCACUUUUUGUUUUAUUGUUUUUAGAUAAAACAGGCGUUUGGACAUCUGGUGAGCGGUCAGAUCUUGAGGAAGGUCAAUGAUGUUGUGUCCUCCGAAUCUGGUGUUCCUGUGUUCGCCCAAACAGCCCAACCAUUUGUUUUUCGUCCUCCUAACUCUGCUAAGACAAAGAUAUCAGAAUCAGGAGCAACCAAGAGAUUGGCUGAAGAGUCAGAGUCCAUUUCCGAAGACGUCUGGCAGUUUAACUGGAAUCGAGUAGAUCACAUCCUUAGAGAUGAACUGGUAUUGAAAUGCGUAAAGGAAUCAGAAGAAUAUGAUUCGAAGGAUGCGCUAAUAUGGAAUUGUCUUUUACAAGUGGCCGAUCAAGGGACCAAUCUUGAUACGAUUCAAUCUGAUGCCAUUGCUGUUCAAACUGUCUGCCAGUAUCUAAAAGAAGAGACGGGAAUAGCUCAUGGAUGGGAAGACGUGGACAGAAGACUUGCAUCUGUUGCCAAAUGUAUCGAAACACCGAUAAGAAGAAUGGGAGACACUGGGGGAGGUCUUUAUGUUGUUGGUAAGGCCAUCAAAACGUUUUGUUUUAUGUUUUAGAUUACUAUGCUGCCUUCGAAUCUCUUUGUUACGCCCAUGUGGAGAAUGUUAUCUUAGAGUUAAUAGACGAAAGAGCUGUUCGAAUCUUCAGAUUGGUCCGAAGACAUAUAAACAUUGAAGAAGAUCAGUUGCCAAAGGCUGCGAUGUUGGCAUCAAAGGAGGCGAAAGAGAUUGCAUACGCUUUGUUAGAGAGUGGUUUCAUUCAUAAUAGAGUAAGUCUUCAUUGUAAUCAUACGUUUGUCUUUAGCCAAUCGCCAAAACGAAUGACUUUGCUCCAGCCAGAACUUUUUAUUUUUACUCUCAUAAGAUGCCCGAACUAGUGGAUACAAUGAUAAUCAAGUCUUUGGAUGUAAGUAACUCUUUUGGAGAAUGUGAUGCUUUUAGGCGAUUAGAAAUAUUUGUUGCCGGCGGAUCGCUGAGGUCAAGAAGAAUGAAGUGUUAUUGACAACAGGGGAGAAGAUGGAUACGAUCAUCUUAAGCAUCCAGAACGACGCUAGUCUCACCGAGGAGGAUAGAAAUGCUCAGGUAGGGAAUAAAAUUGGAUAGAUAUUGUGUCGUUAUUAUUCCUUUAUAAAAUCGCGCUUGGAGUGCAUAAAGCUUGAUAAUAUCAUUAUUAUGUUACCCUCUUUCUCUUUUAUUUUAUCCUCUAGUCCUAAAAUAAUUUAUUUCAAUGCAGACCCAAGAAGUGAAGAACAUGUACAUGACCGAGGAGGACAAGAGGAAUCUGGAAAGGCAUCGUAACAGUCAGAGGCGACUCCACUCAACCGAGAUCAACCUCGAGGAAUCGUUGUUUAUCUUCCAACUUUGCGAUCAGUUCCAAAAACUCAAGUCCCGCUCGUUCGCAGCUCAGUUGGCCAGCAAAAAACGACGUCGCAACGUCGAAAUGGGUGCGUAG